CCAAGCUCAUCGUGGAGACGGACACCUUCGGGAGCCGUGUGCGCAUCAAGGGAGCGGCCACAGGUUUCUACAUCUGCAUGAACAAAAAGGGGAAGCUGAUCGGCAAGAGCAACGGCAAAGGCAAGGACUGCGUCUUCACGGAGAUCGUCCUGGAGAACAACUACACGGCGCUGCAGAACGCCAAGUACGAGGGCUGGUACAUGGCCUUCACCCGCAAGGGCCGCCCGCGCAAGGGCUCCAAGACCCGGCAGCACCAACGGGAGGUACAUUUCAUGAAGAGGCUUCCCAAGGGCCACCAGACCACCGAGCCCCACAGACGCUUUGAGUUCCUCAACUACCCCUUCAACCGGAGAAGUAAAAGGACUAGAAACUCCAACUCCAGGGCAGGCCCUUGA